UCCUUGUUUGGGUUUGUAUAGGGGUGGCACCACAUAAGAAGGACGAAGCAAUCAGUUGGUAAAACAGAACAGCAGAACACAAAAUAGUGACUUUUCAUAAUGUCCUUCCCGGUAAACCUGCAAACCAGCAACAACUAUGGGACCCAACAAUACAAUACGCAGACUGGCGCUGUGCCGACAUAUAGCCAAAGUAAUUACCCAGCUGUAAUGACUCAAUCACCACAGAUGGGGGUCCAAGUAGGUCCACCUAUGACCAGUGCUUUCAAUUCCCAACCAGUGUGGACUGUGGUGCCACAGGCAUACUUACUGAAUUUUUAUGAGGCCUUUUUGAAGGGGAAACCAAAAGCUCUUGGGAGUUUGGUAAUCAUUGUGGCCAUCUUAGAGAUUGCUCUUGGCAUAAUAUCGAUCUUCAUUGGAAGUGGUAUAAUAACAUUUUACAGUUUUACUUCAUUCUGGUGUCCUAUGUUUUAUAUCAUUGCGGGAUCGCUGACAGUCGCAGCACAGCCUAAACCCAACAUAUGUUUGAUCCAAGGCUCCCUCGCCAUGAACAUCAUAAGCUUCAUUUUCAGCUUGGCUGCAACGAUUAUAAAUGCACUUGACCUGGCAUUCGGUGCAAGUUAUUUUAAUGGGCGCUGGUUUUACUAUGGAGGGGAACUCUCAUUGGAUCCUAUAUAUAGCCUUGUGGUUACUGCACUUCUGCUGGCGGCAAAUGGCCUUUUAUUGUUUGUGACAUUUUCUAUUUCCAUUUUUGGAUGUAUGUCCAUGUCAAAGUUAAACUCCACCUUUCCCCAGCAACUCAUGAUACGGAAUGAUGGUGCGUUUGCCGUGAAUCUUGGUGCAGUUUCCAUGACUGGUGCUACUUAUGGAUAUCCAGCAGAACCACAGCAACCACAACCAGCAAACAAUGUCAGACUACCUAUUACUUAAUAAGAGCACGUUACCUAUACAUUUUUAUGGCAUGCAUCAGCUUUAUAAUAGAAGUUCAACCCACAUAAGAAGAAUACGUUUUAAAUAUUAUUGUAAACUGUGGUCAGAUAAUGUCACUUGAUUUGAACUUUAAGGUUCACACAUGUGCAUUUUAGAUGUGUUAAUUAAUACUGCUUGCUACACCUGUAAAGCACUUGAAUUAAUAAGUGUGUGUUUAAAGUUCAAAGAUACCGCACCUAAAAGGCCAAUGUAGUGUAAUAGAUUUUCCCUCAAUUCCAGGAUACAUGUUCUAUUCUGCCGCUGAGCCAAAUUCAUGAUUAUGUGAGCACAUGCAUGCAGAAGAAAUCUCACACUGCAGUCUCUGUUGUCUCCAACAGAAAAAAGGGAAGAGCUUUAUUGAAAUCACAGCUUUAUAGCCAAAGUGACAUAAGCAAGCAUCAUCACAUAUGGGUGCAUCUGAUUGGCUCAUCCACAUAUAAUAUUCUCUCGUUACAUUUCUUCCUUGCCACGAUGCAAACAUUCCAGGACAUGGGGGCCAUUUUUCCCUUACACGGUGGGAGGGGGUUGGAAGACAUCUGUUUCUCGUUUUACACUCUGGGAUAAGAUUAACACUGUCAUGACUUUCAUUCAAGGAAAAUAAUACUAAUGUAAUGCAAAAUUACACAUAUACAUACA